AAGCGCUUCCUCGCAGCGUCGCAAGCGCGAAGAUGGCGGCGGAGGAGCCUCAGCAGCCGCAGCCGGAGCCCCUCGGCGGGGACACGGACGGAGUGAAUUGUUUGGCCUACGAUGAAGCCAUAAUGGCCCAGCAAGAUCGAAUUCAGCAGGAGAUUGCCGUUCAGAAUCCUCUCGUCUCCGAAAGGAUGGAACUGACAGUUCUGUACAAAGAGUAUGCCGACGACGAUCACGUCUACCAGCAGAAGAUCAAGGAUCUGCUGAAGAAGUAUUCGUUCAUCCGGAAGACGAGGCCAGAUGGCAACUGUUUCUAUCGGGCGUUCGGCUUUUCCCACCUUGAGGCGCUGCUGGAGGACAGCAAGGAGCUGCAGCGCUUCAAAGAAGUAGCUGCCAAAAGCAAGGAAGUACUAGUUUCACAGGGAUUCACGGAAUUCACCAUUGAGGACUUCCACAACAUGUUCAUGGACCUGAUAGAGCAAGUGGAGAAGCAGAUCACAGUUCCGGAGCUGCUGGCCUCCUUCAACGACCAGAGCACCUCGGAUUACCUGGUCGUGUACCUGCGAUUGCUCACCUCCGGGUACCUGCAGCGCGAGAACAAGUUCUUCGAGCACUUCAUCGAAGGGGGACUCAGCAUAAAGGAGUUCUGCCAGCAGGAGGUGGAGCCCAUGUGCAAAGAGAGCGACCACAUCCACAUCAUCGCGCUGGCCCAAGCCCUGAACGUCUCCAUCCAGGUGGAGUACAUGGACCGGGGCGAGGGCGGCACCACCAACCCCCACAUCUUCCCCGAGGGCUCGGAGCCCAAAGUUUAUCUACUGUACAGACCGGGACACUACGACAUCCUGUAUAAAUAGAGAAGAGCCUCUCUCCUCUCCUCUCCUCUCCUCCGCUCUGCUCUCGCGCGCUCGGUCCCCGUCUCACGUCCCCCGCCCACCUGCCGGGCAGCGUCCGUCUGUGGUUGUACAUGGUGAUCCGCUUGCUGCCACCUCGCUCACUUGGCCCGUCGUGAGAGGUUUUUUCUUUCCCCCCUCCUUUGUUGUGACACUCACAACACUCUUCUGUGUUUUAUUAAAGGGGAUGCCGGUGAAA